GGGUGGGUUUGGAGCGGGCCGGUCUCCGCUCGGGGAUGUGCGGGGCAGGGCGCGCUUUCCCUCCCGCACGGUGCCGAGCUUGGGCCGCGCUGUUGUCGCGCCAGCGCGCUGCCGAUCCCUACCCGGAGCACCGCCACACGGCUAAGGCGACCUCUGCUCCCAGCGAGUGCCAUAAAAAGUUGGCGCAGGAUAAGAUAGCCUUUGGAAAGUUCCCUUGCUUCGCUGCUGAGAGUGAGGGAUACGUGAGGACAGGAAGGUUGGGUUUAUUCUCCAGAAAGUGGCAAAGUGCUGUCUCGGGAGGAGUAGUGCGAGGUGGUGACCUGGAACACUCUGAGGUGCGCCAGGAAUCAAGAAUGCUUAAACUGGAUUUGUCAUUCAUCCUGCAACGUGCUUAAAACGCCUCUCCACAAAACCUUAUGUCUGAGGACUUUGUUUCUGGGUGAAGGAUGCAGACCAUAAAGUGCGUGGUCGUCGGAGAUGGCGCGGUGGGAAAAACUUGUCUCCUCAUCAGCUACACCACCAAUGCCUUCCCAGAAGAGUACAUCCCGACUGUGUUUGACAACUACAGUGCCCAGAUGACCGUGGAUGGGCGGACAGUCAGCCUGAAUCUCUGGGACACUGCGGGCCAGGAGGAGUACGACCGCCUGCGCACGCUCUCCUACCCCCAAACCAACGUCUUCAUCAUCUGCUUCUCCAUUGGCAGCCCCUCCUCCUACGCCAACGUGAGGCACAAAUGGCACCCUGAAGUUUCUCACCACUGUCCAAAUGUCCCCAUCCUUCUAGUGGGCACGAAGAGAGACUUGAGGAGUGACCUGGAAACGGUUAAAAAGUUGAAAGAGCAGAGCUUGGCUCCCACUACCCCGCAGCAGGGGACUUCACUGGCUAAACAAAUUGGAGCAGUCAAAUAUUUGGAGUGCUCGGCAUUGAAUCAGGAGGGCGUUCGGGAGGUGUUUGCUGAAGCUGUCCGUGCAGUUCUGUAUCCUGUGACAAAGAAGAACACAAGAAAAUGUGUCUUGUUGUAGUUGCCUUGGGUGGUGGAUGUUGGAAGUUGACUAGAAUCUUGGAGGGCUUUUUAACGAGUUAAAUUGAAGAUUUGCAUCUUGCACUAACAGCUCUAAGCAGAAAUGGUUUAUACAAUGAAUAUUCUUGCAGUCUUACUGCUUCAGGGAAACUGAAACAGGACAGGUUUUUUUUUUCCCACUGAGAGGUCAAAUACCUACUUUAUUUCUAAAGUUCCAGUCUCCGGCUUCUCCAGGGAUCACUUGAUUAUUUAGUGGAGGAAAAUAUAAGAGGAGACCUCUUUGAAGCCACUUCUUUACUAGAUUGCCACCAGUUACUAGAUUUGCUGAAAAGCACAAAUUCUGAUAACUUUGCUUUAAGUGUAGCUGCUGCUUUUCCCAUCCUUUAUUUACUGAUUGAAUUUGUUUUUCAAACAGAAGUCUGGCUGUCCAAUUGUUUUGUCCGUUUUAAGCUUGAAAAGA